GGCGCAGCGGGGCACACGCGGGCCGGGCCGGAGACGCGCGCCGCACCCGGGAGCCGGGAGCCGCAGGAUGGCCGAGGCUAUUGGCUGUACUCUGAACUGUAGUUGCCAAAGCUUCAAACCUGGGAAAAUAAACCACCGUCAGUGUGAGCAGUGCAGACAUGGAUGGGUGGCUCAUGCUCUAAGUAAGCUGAGGAUUCCCCCCAUGUAUCCAACAAGCCAGGUGGAAAUUGUCCAGUCCAAUGUGGUGUUUGACAUUAGCAGCCUCAUGCUAUAUGGGACCCAGGCCAUCCCUGUGCGCCUGAAAAUCCUCCUGGACCGGCUCUUCAGCGUGUUGAAGCAAGAUGAAGUGCUCCAGAUUCUCCAUGCCUUGGACUGGACCCUGCAGGAUUACAUCCGUGGAUAUGUGCUGCAGGAUGCAUCAGGGAAGGUGUUGGAUCAUUGGAACAUCAUGACCAGUGAGGAAGAAGUGGCCACCUUGCAGCAGUUCCUUCGUUUUGGAGAGACCAAGUCCAUAGUGGAGCUCAUGGCAAUUCAGGAGAAAGAAGAGCAGGCCGUCGUCAUUCCCCCUUCCACAGCAAAUGUAGAUAUUAGGGCUUUUAUUGAAAGCUGUGGCCACAGGAGCGCUAGCCUCCCCACCCCCGUGGACAAAGGAAGCCCUAGCGUUAUUCACCCCUUUGAGAACCUCAUAAACAACAUGACUUUCAUGCUGCCUUUCCAGUUCUUCAACCCUUUGCCUCCUGCACUGAUAGGGUCACUGUCUGAACAGUAUAUGCUGGAGCAGGGUCAGGACCAAAGCCAUGACCCCAAACAGGAAAUCCAUGGGCCAUUCUCCGACAGCAGCUUCUUGACUUCCAGCUCCACACCAUUUCAGAUUGAAAAAGAGCAGUGUUUAAACUGUCCAGAUGGUAUAACUCAAAAAGAAGACAGUGCCCAUUUAAGUGACUCCAGCUCAUAUAGCAUUGUUGCUAAGCUUGAAAGGACACAGUUAUCCCCUGAAGCCAAAGUGAAACCUGAAAGGAAUAGCCUUAGCACGAAGAAGGGCCGGGUGUUCUGCACUGCGUGUGAGAAGACCUUCUAUGACAAAGGCACCCUCAAGAUCCACUACAAUGCUGUCCACCUGAAGAUAAAGCAUAAGUGCACUAUCGAAGGUUGUAACAUGGUGUUCAGCUCUCUGAGGAGCCGGAACCGCCACAGCGCCAACCCCAACCCUCGGCUCCACAUGCCAAUGAACAGAAAUAACCGAGACAAAGAUCUCAGGAACAGCCUGAACCUGGCAAGCUCUGAGAGCUACAAGCGCCCAGGAUUCACAGUGAUGUCUCCAGACUAUAGACCUCUCCCCAGCUACACUGGUUCAGGGGAGGAUUCCCAAGGCCAACCAGCCUUCUCGAGCAUUGGGCAAAACGGUGUGCUUUUCCCUAACCUAAAGACAGUCCAGCCGGUCCUUCCUUUCUACCGCAGUCCAGCCACUCCUGCUGAGCUUGCAAACACACCUGGGAUACUGCCUUCUCUCCCUUUGUUGUCCUCUUCGAUCCCAGAACAGCUGGUUUCCAAUGAAACGUCAUUUGAUGUUCUUCCCAAGAAGAAAUCCCGCAAGUCCAGCAUGCCUAUCAAAAUCGAGAAGGAAGCUGUGGAGAUUGCUAAUGAGAAGAGGCACAACCUCAGCUCAGAUGAAGACAUGCCCCUGCAGGUGGUCAGUGAAGAUGAGCCAGAAGCCUGUAGUCCUGUGUCAGACAGAAUACCCGAGGAGCAGCACACUCUGUCAGGAAGCUUAGGAGAGCCUCUCCCCCAAGGAGAAAGGCCCUGCCACUUCGAAUCAGUGAUUGAGUCCCAUGGAGCCAUCAGCCGAACCCCUGAGCACACCACACACAAUUCAGAGAGAGAGACUGACCAGAAGCUAGCGUUGACCAUGGUGGCAAGGGAGGUUGAUGAGGACAGCCAUGAACACCACUUCACACCUGGAAUGGAGCCCCGUGUUCCUUUUCCUGACUACAUGGAGCUGCAGCAGCACCUGCUGACCGGAGGACUUUUUGGUGCUUUAUCCAACAGGGAAAUAACCUUUCCUUGUCUCAAAGAUUCUAAAGAACUACAGCAUGUGAGUCAGCAUGCAUUAGCAAGGCAGAAGGAAGAAACUCGCUUUCAGUGUGACAUCUGCAAGAAGACUUUCAAAAACGCUUGCGGUGUAAAAAUGCACCACAAGAAUAUGCAUGCCAAAGACACGCACACGUGCACGGUGGAGGGCUGCGGUGCCACUUUCCCAUCCCGCAGGAGCAGAGACAGACAUAGUUCAAACCUAAACCUCCACCAAAAAGUGUUGAACCAAGAAGAAUUGGAGAGCAGUGAAGACCAUUUCCAUACAGCCUACCUUCUGAAAGAUGUGGCUAAGGAGGCCUAUCAGGAUGUAGCUUUCACACAGCAAGCAUCCCAGACAUCUGUCAUCUUCAAGGGAACCAGUCGAAUGGGCAGUCUGGUUUACCCUAUAGCCCAAGUCCACGGUGCUAGCCUAGAGAACUACAACUCUGGCCCCCUUAGUGAGGGUACCAUCCUGGAUUUGAGCACUACCUCGAGCAUGAAGUCGGAGAGCAGCAGCCAUUCUUCCUGGGACUCUGAUGGUGCAAGUGAGGAAGGUGUUGUGCUUAUGGAGGACAGUGAUGGAAACUGUGAAGGACAAGGCCUUGUCCCUGGGGAAGAUGAGUACCCUAUCUGUGUCCUGAUGGAGAAGGCUGACCAGAGUCUUGCCAGCCUGCCUUCUGGGUUGCCCAUAACCUGUCACCUCUGCCAAAAGACAUACAGUAACAAAGGGACCUUUAGGGCCCAUUACAAAACCGUGCACCUUCGCCAGCUCCACAAAUGCAAAGUGCCGGGCUGCAACACCAUGUUUUCAUCUGUUCGAAGUCGAAACAGACACAGCCAGAAUCCCAAUCUGCACAAGAGCCUGGCCUCAUCUCCAAAUCACCUCCAUUAACAAAAUGGCAAGACCAAAAGCUGUGACAAAUGUUUGUCAUAAUUCAGGAAUAAGGUAGUCCAAAGAAAUGCUUCUGACUGUCUAAUACCAUUUGGGGUAAGCCAGGCAAAAAGUAUCUGAUUGGUCUAGUUUUCUACAGCAGGAUAUGCAAAAGACAGGCCUCAUGGGAAGUUGACUUUGGGGUAGCCCUUCCUCUUAUUACUAAUUUUUCUUAACCCAAGAGAUUUUUCACUGACAUAAGGAAAACUUGCAGAAGUGCAGUUUCCUCCAGAUUUGUUUACACAUUCCCUGGUAGAGCUUCAGGUCUGCAGAUCAGGAGUUGGGGGCAGCUUCAAAUUAAGCCUGCAGUAUUAAGGGUAUUUGGGGAAGUAUCCUGGGAAAAAAAAUGUCACUGUGGGCAAGAUCUCAAUCCCAAAGAUUCCACUUUCAGUUCCUUUUUUUUAGUCUUAAGUCCAGACUUGAGUUUAGGAACAUGGCUUUCUGAGACCAUCCUUCCCUCCCUCGUCCAGAGGUUUCACAUGUUAUUCCAUGGAGUUCCCAGAGGAAGCAAGGUUGGCCUCUGAUGUGUUCCUUAUUAUUUCUUGAUCUAUAGUAUGCAUUUAGAAGCUAAGGGAAAAAUAUGCACUUAAAAGUAGUGGUCUUCAAUUUAAUUUAAACUGAUUUUGAUACUAUUUAUCUUGUGUUUGUGUUGUGUAAGUAUUUCAUAUAUGAGUGUGGACAUGUCACAGUGGCACCUCUGGAUCUCUGCUCAGAAGCAGAACAAUUGAUGACUUGUACUUCAAAACCACUGCCCAUUUUCAGUUGGUAAACUUCAGUCUGUUCAUUUUGAACCCCUCUGGAAUGAAUGCAAGCAUGAUUCUGGCAGGAUCAUUAUAUAUAUUCCUUCAAAACAUUUAGAGAACAUGGUUCUGAUGGUCGUUGUGUAUGUUCAUUAUCACUGGAUCCCUCUGUCUUUGCCUUUUUAUAAAUAUGUAAGAUUAGGAUGAACUUUGAAAUUUAUUUGGUAGAAAGAAAAGUAGGACAUUGUCGUCAGUACCGUAUGUCUUAAUAUUUAACUUAUUCUAAAAUGUACUCCACACUGUUAUACAUGUUUGCUGUUAUAGAAAGGAAGCUUAAUCAGCACUGUGGAAUGAGACCAUCUCCUGAAAUUUAGCAUUUACAGUAUCCUAAAACCCUGAAGAAGUUAAAAAGUAAUUGGUUUUGUAUUCAGAGUCCAAGUUAACUGUCUUUUAAACUAUUUAACUAAUAAAAAAAAAUCCUUAAAGAAAAUUGAGGGUUAUAAGAAGUACUCAUUUGGCCUAGAGGUGGAAAAAGCCAAGAACCUGUUACUGAUAAUUUCAGCUUCUUUUUUAAUUUUAAUAAAUGUGACCACUUAAAACUUGUUUCUGCUUAAAGCAAGAUAUACCUUUCAACUGUUUUGUUACCCAGAUGUUUACUAUUCCAGUUUCCUCAAAGUGGAAAAAUUUGUAUACAAAUGUUUUCUAUGAUUUAAUAAAAAUAUAUGGCACA